GCCCAGGGUGCGCGGCCGGCGGCGGUUGGCGUGAGCAGAGCCGGAGUGCAGGCAGCAGGAGCCGGCGCCAUGGUGGAGAAGGAGGAGGCUGGCGGCGGCAUCAGCGAGGAGGAGGCGGCGCAGUAUGACCGGCAGAUCCGUCUCUGGGGAUUGGAGGCCCAGAAACGGCUGCGGGCCUCGCGGGUGCUUCUUGUCGGCAUGAAAGGACUCGGGGCUGAAAUUGCCAAGAAUCUCAUCCUGGCAGGAGUGAAAGGACUGACUAUGCUGGAUCACGAGCAGGUAUCUCCGGAAGACCCUGGAGCUCAGUUCCUGAUCCGUACUGGGUCUGUUGGCCGAAACAGGGCCGAGGCCUCUUUGGAGCGAGCCCAGAAUCUCAACCCCAUGGUGGAUGUGAAGGUGGACACUGAGAAUAUAGAAAAGAAACCAGAGUCAUUUUUCACUCAGUUCGAUGCUGUAUGCCUGACUUGCUGCUCCAGGGAUGUCAUAGUUAAAGUUGACCAAAUCUGUCACAAAAAUAGCAUCAAGUUCUUCACAGGAGAUGUUUUUGGCUACCAUGGAUACACAUUUGCUAACCUUGGAGAGCAUGAAUUUGUAGAGGAGAAAACCAAAGUUGCCAAAGUUAGUCAAGGGGUAGAGGAUGGACCUGAUACCAAGAGAGCAAGACUGGAUUCAUCUGAGACAACGAUGGUCAAAAAGAAGGUGGUCUUCUGCUCCAUCAAAGAAGCACUGGAAGUGGACUGGAGCAGCGACAAAGCCAAGGCCGCUCUGAAGCGCACAACUCCGGAUUACUUUCUGCUUCAAGUGCUCCUGAAGUUCCGCACGGAUAAGGGAAGAGACCCAGGUUGUGAUACCUUUGGGGAAGAUUCUGAGCUGUUGCUCCAGAUUCGAAACGAUGUGCUCGACUCCCUGGGUGUUAAUCCUGACCUGCUUCCUGAAGACUUUGUCAGGUACUGCUUCUCCGAGAUGGCCCCAGUGUGCGCUGUGGUCGGAGGGAUCUUGGCCCAGGAAAUUGUGAAGGCCCUGUCUCAAAGGGACCCACCUCACAACAACUUCUUCUUUUUCGAUGGUAUGAAGGGAAAUGGGAUCGUGGAGUGCCUCGGCCCCAAGUGAGUCCCAGACGUGGCAGCCCCGAAGAUGCUGAGCCCCAGCACGCCUGCAUGUGUCCCCUGUGCCCUGCCCCCACGAGGGCCUCUCCAGGCGAGAGGAGAGUGAAGUCCCCAUUCACACCCAUUUCCUGCGAAUGAUGAGGUUGUGCAGAUGUGCUCCUUGCAAGCGCCAGCAGCUGCUCCAUGUCGGGGCGGAGGGCCUGGCUGCGUCCAUCCCUCCCCGCUCAGGACUGUGCGCCAGCUCCAGGCCUGCCAGCACCCAAGUGGCGAUCACCUGAGAGUGCCCUCUGACGCCUCUCUGCCCUCGUGCCGUCACGGUGUCACUGGUCCCCUGGGGCACUGCUGGUGAUGCCUGCCAGGAACCAGCACGCCUGGUUGCUUAGGAGCCUCUCGCCACCUCGGACUUACUCCCCGCCUGAGGUCACACAGAGAGGCAUGUGGCCUCAGGCGGGGAGGAAAGCCCGGGCCCGGCGCAGCGCUAAUGGGACCGCAGUUCCAGACGCAGACGGGUGCCCUGAGAGGAAAACCAUGGCAGGCGGGAUGCAUUUCCUCCAAAGCUGAGAUCCUGCAAAACAACAGGUGGCAUCUGGUGCGCUGUUCCUGCGUUUUAGUCGAGGAUUAGUGAGUUCCAGCCUGGGUUGUGGAACGGAGGGAAUGGUACCAGGUCCCCUCGGGCAUUAGGGCGAGACCUUGCAAGUUGAAAAUUGGGAAGAAACUUUGUUUUAAAAGGCAGGUGCCUGAGUCCUACCCCCUGGGGAUUCCGACGUGUUGUGUCGUGUCGGGGCCACACGCCGGGAGGGAGGAGCUCUGGUGCGGCGCUGGAGACCCUUGUAUUAAGGGCUGUGUCUGUCCUUCCUCCACCCCCUGAAUGGCAGCUGUUUGUGUGGGAUUUUUUUUAUAUUUUCUAGAUUUCCAUGAUUCUUUAAAAAGGAAUGAUAGAAAUAAAGUUAUUUGCUUUAGGA